AAAGUCAUGAGUCAUAACCCAUGUAAUAACUCCCACAACUCAUAAGCAGAAUAAAACGAAAUCCCCAAAUCUUAAAAUACUACCAAAUAUGAAAACACAAACAAAUUCGAUGAAUUAAAUUAAAAAGAAAAUAAUACACCCAACCUAGUACUAGUGUAGAUCCAGCAAUCCGAAGAUAAUUCCUCUCUGCAAUUCCACCCUAAAAAAUUUCAUACACAAAGACAAUUAACAAUAAUCAGAAACGAGUAAAGAUUUAGCUAGGAGAAUGGUAGAGAUGAAGUUUCUCGGGAUGGAUUUUACCUGCGCGUUGAGUUCGUUGCAAAGCGGCGAAAUUCCAGAAAAAGAUUGUUUGCUUCCGUUAAUAUCAAAGCUAUUGGGUUACUUGAUCGUGGCCGCCUCCACCACCGUUAAACUCCCGCAGAUUCUAAAAAUUUUACAACACAGUAGUGUCAGAGGGCUUAGUGUUGUAGCUUUUGAACUUGAAGUUGUCGGCUAUACAAUUGCUCUCGCCUACUGUCUUCACAAAGGGCUUCCUUUUUCAGCAUAUGGGGAGUUAGUAUUCCUAUUGAUCCAGGCCAUAAUUCUUGUAGCAAUCAUUUAUUACUUUUCGCAACCUCUGGGAGCUAAGACAUGGAUCAGAGGGUUAUUAUACUGUGCAAUAGCUCCAACAGUGUUGGCUGGUAAAAUUGAUCCUAUGCUUUUUGAAGCUCUAUAUGCUUCUCAACAUGCAAUCUUCUUCUGUGCUCGAGUUCCACAAAUUUGGGCAAAUUUCAAGAAUAAGAGCACUGGGGAGCUUAGCUUUUUGACCUCACUAAUGAAUUUUGCUGGAUCUAUGGUGAGAGUUUUUACCAGCUUGCAGGAAAAGGCACCAAUGAGCGUGGUUAUGGGCUCGAUGAUCGGCAUUGUCACAAACGGUACGAUAUUAACGCAGAUAGUUGUAUACCAGAAACCACCCGCAAAGAAAGAGAAGAAAUCUGACUAAGAAAUGAGCAAGAUCUCUACUAGUCUGGAUUCAGAGGCCCUCCUCUUCCCAGGCAAGUAAGUUUGUCGUGUCGCGUUGCGAUCUCUGCAAGAGGGUAAUACUGUGCCUUUAAUCCUCUAGUGAUUGGAUCUUCCUACGGAUUUUAAUGUUCCUAAAUGUAGUUAAUCACAUUUCAGCAUAGAGAUAUAUAUACAUAUAUCUUGAUACUCAAGAGAAUUUUUUUUUUAAAUACUCAGAACUUUGAUUGUGUGUUUUAGAAUCAGACUUUCAGUUUUCAUAGAAUUUUUCAGUUUACAAUA